CUAUGUUUCCAUUUCCCAAAUUCUCAUUAUCUCUCUCUCUCUCUGUUUCGCUUUCACCGAAGAAUAACUUGACUUUCCCGAACUCCACCUGAGAAAAAGAUACCCUUAAUUCGCAGGCGCGUCUUGUGUUGGACAACAACCACAAGAUGAUUAACUUCGAAGAAACCGAGUUGCGACUCGGCCUCCCUGGCAACGACUCAGCACUCAAGGGAAGUGCUGCCAAGAGAGGCUUCUCUGAAACUGCUUCUGUUGAUUUGAAGCUUAAUCUUUCUUCUUGCAUUAACGACUCUGCCUCGGAUUCACCCUCAUCUGUGUCUACAGAGAAGCCCAAAGAGAACAAGACUACCACUGCUGAACCUCCUCCAGCUAAUGAUCCAGCAAAACCACCUGCAAAGGCACAAGUGGUGGGUUGGCCACCAGUUAGGUCAUUUAGAAAGAACAUAGUUCAAAGGAACAGCAAUGAAGAAGAGGCAGAGAAGAGCACGAAGAAUGCUUUCGUGAAGGUGAGCAUGGAUGGUGCACCGUAUCUACGAAAGGUGGACAUAAAGUUGUACAAGAGCUACCAGGAGCUGUCAGAUGCGCUGGCUAAGAUGUUCAGUUCCUUCACGAUUGAAAAGUGUGGGUCCCAAGGGAUGAAGGACUUUAUGAAUGAGACCAAUGGCUCUGACUAUGUACCCACAUAUGAAGACAAGGACGGAGACUGGAUGCUCGUCGGUGAUGUGCCCUGGGAGAUGUUCGUUGAAUCAUGCAAGCGUCUUCGCAUAAUGAAAGGCUCCGAGGCAAUCGGUCUUGCGCCAAGAGCCGUGGAAAAGUGCAAGAACAGAAGCUGAAGAAGUGAUUUCAUCUGCGUCUCAAGGAAGCAAAUUGACUCGAGCAAGAUCGAGUCUAAUAUAGGAAUAAGAGUUUAAUUAUCAUGUGCCUUUGUUAUCUUUUUUGUAAUUUUCUUAUAUGUGUAUUAUAUGAAUAUGAGAAAAUAGUUGGAAAUUCGUUAGGGACACGAAAUAAUAUAGAAGAUGUUUAUAUGAUCCCGUUUUUGUUUCCAAGUAAAAAAUGUGACUUUGUCUAUUCCAUUGCCAGCUUGCUUACCUAAUGUCAAUGUUUCGGGUUAAUCUUAA